AUGGACCAAAUGUUGGUAUAUGCUAAGUUUAUGAAAGAACUACUCUCUAGAAAACGACAUUUGAGAGAUGAUAAAAAUAUUAUUUUAGAUGAGGAAUGUAUUUCUAUAAUCCAAAGGAAACUUCCACCUAAACUUACCGACCCUAGUAGAUUUACUAUCCCAUGUCUUAUUGGGCCUGUCAAAGUUGACCAAACUCCUUGUGAUUUUGGGGCAAGCACUAACCGAAUCCCAGUCUCAAUGGUGAAGAGGUUGGGAUGUGGAUAUCCAAAGUCUACUCAUAUAACUCUCACCCUAGCUGACAGUUCUAUAACAUAUCCAUAUGGAACUUUGGAGGAUGUAUUAGUUAAAGGGGAUGACCUUGUUUUUCUGGUAGACUUUGUAAUUUUGGACAUGCCUGAAGACACUGAAACCCCUUUAAUUUUGGGAAGACCAUUCCUGGAAAUAGGAAGAUCUUUGAUUUAUGUAGAGUUAGGGGAGUUAGCAUUAAGGUUCAACAGAGAACAAAUGGUUUUCUAUGUGUUCGAAGCCACAAAGCAUCCUCAAUGCUACAAUGUAAGCAAAUUGCUUAAAUCACUUAAAAAGCGGAAACCAACAAAAGAAGAGUUGAAAGUUGGAAAGAGGGUCUGA